AAGCGCCGGGCUCACGUUGCAUGAAUGUGUCAGCGGCCCCGGAAUGGAUGACGAUUUAGCUCCGUGACUGAAGAAAAAAUACUUCUGAUGCGACCCGGCGGUCAAUUUUAAAAGGCUGUUAUCGUUGGGAUUUUGAAGUUAAGACGCACGCGGAGUCAAAAAAAAGUGCUCAGCACAAACCAUCGCACCCGACACUCUUUCAUUGCCGCCACAUGGAACCCAUUCCCUCUGUUGAACAUAUGAAGACCCUUCCCGACCGCUGUAACCGGACGAAAUACUGCAAUUGAUGUGCGACCAAAGUGUGGCGAUGCCAGGAGGCGACAGCUGUCCAGACGGGGAGGAGCCUGCGUUGCCGUCGGCCACGGCGGACGGUGGAGGGGAGGGGGGGGCGGCGGCGUCGGGGCAGCCGGACGGACGGGUUCAGUCCGGGCGCCUCAGGUCGGAGGACAGCGGAGGUUUGGGCGGAGAAGCGGCGCAGGACGACGAGGAGCUGACGAGCGGUUCACACGACCUCUCAUCCUCGGCCAAUCACAGCCCUGGAAGCGCAACCGGAUCCACGUUAGCUUCAACCAAGAGCAGCGAGCAUGCAAACGAGGGCAAGGUGCAGGCCCACAGGGAGUUAAUGGUCACGGUGGCCGAGAUGAAGAAGCGGCUUCCUUCAGACAAACGCAGCCGCAGCAAAGCCAGCACGGUGGAGGCCUUACAUUACGCACUCAACUGUGUCAAGCAGGUUCAAGCCAACAGUGAAUACUACAAACUGCUGAUGAGAAAUGGGCCGGACGAGAGGAGGGAUGCAACCGUCUGCACCCUGGAAGAGCUGGAGAGAGUCACGUCUGAACACACCCUUAAAAACACGGACUCGUUCGUGGUGGUGUUCUCGCUGUCGAGCAGCCGCGUGCUGUACGCGUCGGAGCAGGCUCCCAGCAUCCUCUGCUGCAAGAGGAAGUUCCUGGAGUCGGCCAAGUUCGUGGAGCUGCUCUUCCACCAGGACGUGAAUGUCUUCUACUCGCACACGGCGCAGCCGCAUCUGCCACCGUGGACCAACUCGCACACAGCCGGGGUUCUGUUCGACUGUGCUCAGGUCAAGUCCUUCUUCUGCAGAAUCAGGGGCGGGAAGGAUCGUGAGGGGGAGAUGCGUUAUAACCCCUUUCGGAUAACGCCUUACCUGCUGAAGGUGCAGGGAAGAGGAAGAGGGCGCACUGGGGAGGAGCAGCAGCAGGAGGAGGAGGAGGAGGAGGAGGAGCCCUGCUGCCUGGCGCUGGCUGAACGCAUCAUCUCUGGAUAUGAAGCACCACGAAUCCCCAUGGACAAGCGCAUCUUCACCACAACACACUCCCCUGGCUGUGUGUUCCUGGAAGUUGAUGAAAGGGCCGUGCCUUUGCUUGGAUACCUUCCUCAGGAUCUGAUCGGCACGUCCUUGUUGACUUGCAUCCACCCAGAGGACCGUCCCCUCAUGCUGUCUAUGCACCGGAAAGUGUUGAAGUACGCGGGUCAGUCUCCCUUCGAGCACUCUCCCGUGCGUCUGCGCUGCCAGAACGGAGACUACAUCACCUUGGACACCAGCUGGUCCAGCUUCAUCAACCCUUGGAGCCGCAAGGUGGCGUUCAUCAUCGGACGGCACAAAGUCAGGACGAGUCCUCUGAACGAGGACGUGUUCGCCACUCAAACGAAGGCUGUUGCCGUCCCUCAUGAGGAAAUAAAAGAUCUCCAAGCGAAGAUCUAUAAGCUUUUCCUGCAGCCCGUCCACAACAACGGUUCCAGUGGUUACGGUAGUUUGGGAAGUAACGGCUCUCAUGAGCACUACAUCAGCGUAGCCUCCUCCAGUGACAGCAAUGGCAACCUGUGGGAAGACUCACACCGGGAGCCGAUGACUUUACAGCAGAUCUGUGCUGAUGUGAACAGAGUGAAGAGUUGGGGCCAGCAGCCGUAUCUGGGUUCCAGUCACAAAGUUGCUCUACUUGGCAAACCUGCUGCAGCUCCUCUCCCUCCAACACCGUCCAACUGCGAAGUCAGGGAGCACGAAGAAAGCAGGAAGCCGACGCACAUUCCCUCCUAUCAACAAAUCAACUGCGUGGACAACAUCAUCAGGUAUUUGGAGAGCUGUACGGGUACAGCCCUCAAGCGGAAGAGUGACUCUCGUUCCCUGGCCACCUCUUCUUCGUCAUCCUCUACCUCAGAAGACGACAAGCCGGCGGAACCCAGUGACGCGGCUCAGGCCACUUCAGAUGUGGUGGUGCUGAACAGCGAGGUGUCUGUGGGUCCCACGACCGCAGCCGUCGUCGGGGCGCCUCUGACGGACAUCACCAUGUCCACGAAGGCCAUGAGUGUCGUCUCAGUAACCAGCCAGUGUUCGUACAGCAGCACCAUCGUCCACGUACCGCAGCCUGAGUCGGAGGCCACAGCACUGGAGGAUGCGCCGAUGGGCAGCGAACCGACUGAUUCUGUCCCGACGCCCAUCCGUCCGGCCCCGAGCCCCGCUGCAGAGGAACGGAGGUUUGUCGGUCUCACCAAGGAGGUUCUGUCGGCGCACACCCAGAAAGAGGAGCAAGAGUACGUGGAUCGGUUUCGCAAUCGCAUCCUUCAAAGCCCCUACAGCUCCUAUCUGCAGCUGGACAACAGCUCAAUGGCUCACUCCCACCACCCAGGAGACUAUCUACGUCCGAUGAGCGCCGGAGGUUGGAAUCGCUCUCGUAAAGGAAAGCAGAAACACAAGCGACCCAAGGUUCCCCAAGGUUCUUCAGACAGCUACGCCUCCCCACCUGGUCCUCCUCGCCGCGUCCCUGACUCCUCCUGGCCGUCCUCUGAGUCCUCCCAGCUUCAGAUGUGUACGCCCUACAGUCAAGCAUCCCCACUCCAGGUGCCGUUCUUCCCGGCCAUGGGGAAUCCCGGCCCAGAGCAACAGCCCGGACCGCAGCAGCUGCCUGGAUCCACCCCUGUGGUGCUGCAGCCUCCUGACCAGCUCAGCUACAACUUCAACAUCAUGCAACCCGCUCAGAACCCUCCAGGCCUGCAACCAGUCCAGACAGAGCCCAUCCAGAAUCUGCAGAAUAUCCAGAACCUUCCCAACCUGCAGGCCAUGCCUUCAACCCAGAUCUUUAACCCUUACAUGGCUCCGGUCAUGGCUGUCAUCCUGCCCAACUAUCCAACCUUCACUCCAGGUUUUCCACCCAUUUACUCACCGUCUGUUCCCUCUUUAGUGCCCCAGGCACCCAUCAACGUGACGGGCUACGUCCCUGGCGUUAGCCCCUACCCUCAGCCUCAGUUCCAAGCUCAGCCUGCCCCCCUCAUUCAAACAUCUCCAGGCCUUCUCCUCUGCUCACCCAGAGCCAGCUCUUCUGUCGGGGAGGAGGAGGAGGCGGCUGGGCCUCGGGCUUUAUUCUCCAGCUCUCGCUCGAGUUCUCCCCUGCAGCUCAACCUGUUGCAGGAGGAACUGCCCAAGAUGAGUGAAGGGCAGAGCAGCACCGGGCACAACCACGCCGAGAGCCUCCAUGAACAACACGCCAAAGAGGGUGAUGUCCCCAUUGACUCUGGCAACCACGACGCCCAGUCCACAUCCAGUGAGCUGCUCGACCUGCUGCUUCAGGAGGAUGCCAGGUCUGGGACCGGUUCCAACGCGUCAGGAUCCGGAUCGGGGGAGUCUGGAGGCUCACUGGGAUCUGGAUCUGGAUCUGGAUCCAAUGGAACCUCCACCUCACACACUGGCAGCAGCAACAGCAGCAAGUACUUUGCCAGCAACGACUCGUCGGACACAUCGCGCAAAGCUCGUAAGAGCCAAGAGGCGCCGGCAGAGCACCAACACGGCUUCGACACUCGGGUGGAGAACUCGCUGUGGAGCAUGAUCCAGCACACACCUGAGCGUGUCAUGAUGACGUACCAGAUCCACACCAGGGACCAGAAUGAGGUGUUGGCAGAAGACAGGGACAAGCUUCGCGUGCUCCAGCCCCUCCAGCCCUGGUUCAGCCAGGAGCAGAGGGAGGAGCUGGCUGAGGUCCACCCCUGGAUCCAACAGCACACCAUCCCACAGGAAAUAGACACGCAGGGUUGCGUGAGCUGCAACCCAGGUGCAGGUGUGGCCCACUCCCCUCAUCCACCUGCCCCGGAUAGUUCGUCGCCUCUGGAGAGCCCCCAGCAGGACUCCGUCGGGCCUGUGGUUGACUCUUAAGCAGCGCUGCCACCACCCAAAAAACAUCAACCUCACAGAAAAACCUGCUUUGUCUGAAAUCCUCAGCAACUCCCACCACGCAUCUCUUCUGAGCAGUCCUGUGGAGCUGGUCCCUACGCUGGAGUCUAAAGAUUAACGUGUUUUCUUAACAGAAACUGGACCAGGGCCCCCCCCCUACCCCCCCCGUGGAACAUAGUUGGGCAGGAGACGGGCAUUUUACUGGCAUUUUUCUCUCAGCCAGCUCGAUGUAACUGUCCAUCAAGACCAUGAAUAUUAUACCUCUCUACUUUUUUGUGUUAGUGGAGCCCCUGGAUGGGGCGGAGUUUGUAUUUAAGACUGUCCAGAUCCUUUUUUUUGGCACCACGAGCUACCAAACAGGAAGAGGUUUGUUUGGUCGCCGCCCCUAAACAUGAGCACUGUGUUCUCACCUGAUCUGCAGAGGAUGGUGUGACUGGGUGAGAGGAACAAACUGGCCCGACCCAGUCCGAGUAUCAGAACACACACACACACACCAGACUCUUCUCCUGCACCACGACGUCCAGGUUGUACAGUACGUGUACCGCGUCCGCCUCCCUCUGUGGUGUAGUAACUUAACAUGAUUUACUCAUGGUAGAUGUUUGUUUUCUGACAGACACUAAGACAAAGACACAUUUGCUGCUCUCUGUUUAUAUAAUGUUCAGAUUCAGAUCUUGUGAGUUGUUCCCGGAGUGUACUCUUUUAUUCCGUAGGUCGUUCUCUCGUCUCAAUUUAUUUGUCAUUUCCACUCGCGACGGCAAAACGUUUUUUCCUUUUCGAGCUGAAAUUUUGUGCUGCAGAACAACUUCGGUCCUUCGCUGAAACCCUCCUGUAGUAAGUCUCCUGCCUGGUCUUCACCCCCAUCACACCACCUGUAGCCGGCGUCUAAUUCUAAACAGACACAACGUGGCCCCCAAUGAGUUCCCUCUGAGACUCUGUAGCUGUUUGUUUAAAUAUCCAUCUAUCAGUUUGAGUGAAAGAGAGAGAAAGAGACCGUGAGGAUCUAAGUAAGCUUAGGGUUGUGUAUGUGUGAAUGUCGUCGCUCUUCUUCUUCUUCUUCUUCUACUGGAUUCAGCCGGCAGGUGAGAUUGCGGAUGUGAGUGAAUGUGCGCGUUGACUGACUGCGAGCUGCUUCCUUCGAUACAGUUGUCCAACAGAGUGAGACAGACCAGGGUUUUCUACCAUUUUUAGAUUCAAAGUAUAUUAAAGUACCAUGUAUUUUAUAGAAAAUGUACACAAAACAAUCUUCACAAAGUGUAUACAAAGCCAUUUGUCUUGAAUUCAGGGACUGUUUGUUUGUUGACACAAAGGAAUGAAUAAAUGAGCUAUGACCUAA